CCUGGCCUCUUCUUAGGCACCCCGAGUCCCGGUCUCCCUCCACCGAAGCCUCGGGUGAGAAGAUGCCAGGAUGGACGGCAGCUGCAAAGGGGUCCUGGCCGCGCUGGUCGUGGUGGCUGGCCUAGCAGCCUUUGGAUCCGGCUACCAGAUCAUAGAAGUGCCCAAGAACGCCAAGCUGCGGGCGGGCCAGGAGGCCCGCUUCAACUGCACCAUCUCCCAGGGCUGGAGCCUCCUCAUGUGGGCCCUGAACGGCCCGGUGGUUCUGAGCAUCACGCCCAAGGAGGUCAUCAUCACCAGCAACCGCUUCACCGCCGAGAACUACACGGAGGGCGGCAACUUCACCUCCGACAUGAUCAUCAACGACGUGCAGCUCAGCGACACGGGGCGCAUCAAGUGCAGCCUCCAGAACAGUGGCCGCGAGGGAUUCGCCUUUCUUUCCGUCCAAGGCAGUGCUGAUCAACUAGGUGCCUCGUUGCCUACCUGGGCCAUAGUCCUACUUGCAGUGUCAUUCUCAUUGCUUUUCAUCCUGAUCAUUGUUCUGAUUGUCAUCUCUGCUGCUGCUGUGUCUCCCGGAAAGAGAAAGCAGAAUCCAGUUCUCUAAGGAAAUCUGCAGAUGUGGAGACAAACCAAGAAACGUUUGAGCCAAAGUUAAAAAAUGGGAAUGAGAACUAUGGCUACAGUGCAGAGUCAGCUUCUCCCCCUGCGAAGUCCCCCGGCCCCAGCCUUCCCGCGCAGCCGCAGCCGCAGCCCAGCAGCAGGCAGCCCCGCAGCAGACCGCCAAAGCAGG